UUUAGUUUGGGUGUUGUAUUGUGACAAAGAGGUCUCCGCAAAACUGUCCUAAUGUGGAUGCAAAUAGUUUUCAGACAACAUUGCAGUUGUGUUUGGUUUUUCUCUAAAAAGCUCUUUCAAUUGCAAAUGUGUAAGGAUCGGCCACAUGUGUUAGGUGUGGCAUUAAUAGGGGCUACAGACCAAACUUUGCCUUUUCCAACUGGUUAAUCCACUCAUGGUUUCUGCAACAGAAGUUCAACAAAUAAAUAAAAGCAUCAAUGUCACAUUUAAAUUAGUUUAUUGUCAUAGGGAAACAUGUUGGUAUCAUAAACUGAAUAUCAACAGGUGGUUAGUAGUGGCUGUAAAUGAAUCAGCUGUUUUGUGCUGGUUAACUGAGACAGCCAACCAUCUGGCUUGCUUUCUUCCGUUUAGGAUUUGAUGUUUGAGGGUGUGCUUUAGAAAAAUGCACAAUUCAGCAUUUUCCUGAAUAGACAGAAAGAAAGGCUUCAACCGAAAGCUGUGGAUUGUGAUUAUUGAGAUGAAGCUGUUAUAUGAUACUUUUGUAAUCACACAGCAUGUGGGGUGAGGCUAUAUCCCACAGCCUGUCCUUCACUUAGACACUAUUUAAAGGUCAUUAUAGUACUGUCAGUGUUGUUAUUAUCGCCUGUUGUGACAGAGGCGGGUCUAGGAUCGGGGCACGCGUUGAUUGGACGUGACGAACCCCCUGUGCCACGGUGCUUCCGCUUUGUGCGUAAGCGCAGGCGCAGCGACCCCUCUCUUCUGAUAUUUUAUUUACUCCCGAAACCCAAGAUGGCUCCUGUGAAUGUCUCGGUCCCAUAGCAAAUUGAGGAUGCAAGUAGCUGCCGUAGAAACAACUUUUCCCCCGCCGUCACAACCCCUGGAGUUCAUUGCGUAUGGUGCGGAGGAGGCCCUAACGUCCGUCUAGGCACCGAGCAGCUGUCGGGGCUUCGCGAAACCGUCCUCCACCCUCCAAUUUGGAGUAGUUUCGCGAAGUAGCUCUUCUCCUCGCUGUCGCUGUCUGUCCGGAGCGAGGCUCAGGCAGGCAGCUCAUCCAAAUGGCCGAACCGAGAAAAGUGCAAUUUGUCACCCUCUCGGCCUUCGCAGCUGGAGCGGCCGCGGAGUCUAGGAAACGGCGGUUGGAGGAUGAGGCCGACUUCAACUUCGGUGAAGCCGGGGAGGUCGAGGCAGCGACCGGGGCAGGGGGUGCUGCCAGCAACGGGCGUCUCGGCCAAACCUGCGAUGGGGACACGGCUGUAGCCGAGAAGAGGGUGACGGUGCGGCUCAACCUGUCCCUACCCGAGCCUGACGACCGCUCCUCCGCCGAGUUUAAUUAUGGAGAACUCAUCCAAAACCGCCAGGCAAAAAAGACAACUCAAAGUUUGACUUCUGCCAACAAUCCCAACGACCCCUUCAACGAUGACGAGAGAGUGCGGCUGCAGGUCGAGGCCCUGGCAAAAAAGUUGGAAAAUAAAUACGGUAAUGAGGAAAAGAAGAAGAAGAAGGACAGAAUGCAAGAUUUGAUUGAUAUAGGCUUUGGCUACGACGACGCAGACCCCUUUAUUGACAACUCAGAAGCUUAUGAUGAGCUGGUUCCUGCCUCUUUGACCACAAAGCUGGGGGGCUUUUACAUCAACACUGGCACGCUGCAGUUCAGAGCUGCCUCCGACUCUGAGGGAGAGGAGGGCAAGAAGACUAACGACAACAACGAGAAUUUAAUCAAGAAGAGGAAAAAGAAGGAAGUGGACAGUUCAGAAGAGAAGAACCAGAAGAAGAACAAACUACCUAAACAAGGAGUCACAGACCUCACCCUCCAGCGGCCUGAGAAGAAGAAGAGGAAGAAGCUGAUGAAGGACUCGCUGUACCUGGCGGCCAUGCUCCGCCGCUUCACCCGGGAGAAGGAGGACAUGAUGAAAAUCAACCCGAACGUGGCUCACCCCGGCCUGGCAGGAGGUGUGGCUAACAAGCCACCCUCCAUCAACUCAACUAACCACCUGUUGGCCUCGAACUCCACCCACAACACAGCCGGCAGCGACUUCUCACUGGCAGACCUCACCUCGGACCCCGCCGUGAUGUCACUGCUGGGCUCGGCCAAUGAGAAGGAGCUGCAGGAUCUCUUAGGCGACCUGGACUUCAGCGUGUUGGAUUCUGACCAGCAGCACGCCAUGUCUGCAGCCCGGGAGAAUGGCGUUCUGGGAGUCGGGGUUCCUGGUCCUAAACCAGCAGCAGCAGCAGCAGGAGGUGGGGGCCAGGGGCGAGGCCCGGGUUCCUCAAGCGGUCUGUUUUCUCCUCCUCCGCUGCCGGAUGGACUGCCUGCUCCUCUUAUUAAACGCAUCGAGGACUUGCGGGCGGCCUCGCUGCAGUUUGAUCAAGAGGGCAGGAAGAAAUUCUUCACCUUGGACAUGAAUAACAUUCUCCUGGACAUUGAGCUGCAGGUCCAGGAGCAGCCUCCCGAGGUGCGCCUCGGCAUCUACUCGCACAUGGAGGCAUUUGUGCCGUGCAACAAAGAAGCCCUCCUCAAACGCCUGAAGAAGCUCAGUCUCAACAUCCAGGACGAUCGCCUACGGACGCCGCUGUUGAAGCUGAAGCUGGCAGUGUGUAGCUCGAUGCCAGAGCAGAUAGCCAGAUACAACAUGGACUGCAUGGCCAAGGUUGCAAAGCAGCAGUCAGGAGAAGGGGAAAAGAACGGCUCAGAGGAGGAAGAUGAAGAAAAGCCUGGGAAAAGGGUGAUGGGCCCACGGAAGAAGUUUUUCUGGGAUGACAAGCUCAGGAACCUGCUGUGCAGCCUGGUGCGAGUGAAGCUGAGCUGCUACGAGAUGGAGAACCAGUGCUCUCUGUCUGUGGAGGACUACCUCAAGGCCUUCUUAGAGAACGAGGUCAAACCACUAUGGCCCAAGGGCUGGAUGCAAGCCAGGAUUCUGCUAAAGGAGAGUCUUGCUGUUCACAGUCACCUCACUGGAAACCUAGUCAAGAGGAGAAUGGUGCCUGGGCCCAGGGCCAAAGCCAAGGAGGGUCUCUGGAUCCACAAACCCCCUCUCAGCAUGACCUCCACCUCGUCUCUGCACACCUCCGCUCUGACCUCACACCGGAAACCGGCCUCCUGCUCGCCCCCGGAGCCCAUCUGUCUGUCGGACUCGCUGGAUGAGGAUCUGACCGCUCCCUCGCUGGACUCCAUCUCCCACGCUCUGGCCCUCCUCAGCAACGCCUCGAAGGGCCUGGGCUUCUCAGACAGCCCUCUGUCCCCCCCGCCCCUCCAGAUGCCCACCUCCUCCCCUCCCCCCGUCACUCCUCACUAUCCCUCGGCCUCUCAGCUCUCUGCCUCCAUCGCCUCCACAACGCAGCUUCAUUCCCUGUCGAGGGGGGAGCCCUCUCCGCUGGCAGCUGCUGGGAACCUGCCAACAACAACAACAACGCUACCAACCGCCUAUUCUACCUCCUCUUCCUCCUCUUCCUCGUCUCCCGCUGUUUCCUGCUUGGCUCGAGUGCAGGCAGCCGGCCUGUCGCUGGCCUCACGGACUGCAGAGGGACCCUACGGCCUGAUCAAAGGAUCUGCCUCUAUGGGCCAAUCGCAGCCUCAGAGACUCCUCACUAUGGCAACGCCCAAUCACAGGACAGGCUUGGUGAUGGGCGGGAACGGCAAGAUGCAUCCUCACCCGUCCCCUUCGCCUCCAAAGCAGCGGCCCCCUCCCACGGCUUCCCCUCUGCUGCCCCCCCAUCAGAAGGCCUUUGUGGGCCCGGGGGGGCUGCUGGGAGCUCUGGGAGGACUGGCCAAGAGCAAAACCAUCAGCAGCAACGGCAGCGCCACGCCUUCCUCCUCCCCCUCCUCAAUGUCUCGCUCAAACUCCACCUCCCACCCCGGCCUGCAGUCCUUCUGCCCUCCCUCUCUGGUGGUUUCCUCCCCAUCCCCAUCCCCCUCCCCCUCCCAUUCCUCACACUCCUCCUCUCAAGGUAAACUCCACACACACCACCACCACCAGGCUAACUUCAUCACGCCCAUGCAGGCCACGCUCACCAAGUCAUCCCACAGCAGCAACUCCUCCCACAUCAUCAAGCUCACCCCUCGGCCUCCGGCGCCGACCCCCCCUCCCUCCUCCUCCCCCUCCCCGUCGUCCUCGCCCUCACACCUGCUCUCUCAUCAGAUGAUCUCCAGCCAACAGCAACAACACCAGUUCUCCCUCAAAACCCCCAAAGCGUUCCGGCCCCCCUUCAGUGUAUCGGGGGGCGGGGGGGUGCAGGUGAAGCCGCCGCAGAGUACCUACAGCUUCGCCAGAGGACAGAAAGCUCUGCCCACCACCAGUAACAGUAGCAUCAACAACAACUCCGUCAUCAACAAGGGAGUGAUAUCAGCCGUCUGCAGCCGGGCUGACAAAACUCAACUGUCUUCUGCACCCUCAGUCUCAGCCAAUCACGCGCAGAGGCAGAGGGUAGUGGGCGGGGCUAACCAGAGCCCAAAGGCAUUAAACAGCUGGGCCACUUUGGCCUCAUCCUCCACAACGUCACACCUCCCACAGGUUUCCACAGUAGGCUCCCCCCUCCUGGGCGGCCCCUCCCCUCUGUCUCUGGGCUUCGGGAUGUUGGGCGGCCUGGUGCACCUCUCGCAGCCCUUCCAGUUCCCCCCGCUGCUCAACUUCAGCCCUGGGGUCCCGGGGGCCGCCGGCAUGGGAUCAGUCCCCAGCUCCAACUCAGGAUACACACUAGCACAGAGCGACCUAAUGGAUCUGUAUAAGAGUCUCCAGUCAGGGUCGCAGGCUGCCCUACCUCCUCACUUGCAACUUGCUUUCUCAGAUGCGAACCAAAGCCAGGGCGGAGACAUGAAGAGGAAAUCCCACUGACCAAUAACAGCUCAGGAGGCGGACACCAGCGGGGUGACAUCACAGCCUCCUGGACACAUCCACCAAUAGGAACCUUUGAUUGACUGACGUGGUGAUGUUGAGUGAGGGGGCGGGGCUACACCGCCUCUUAAAACGGACCUAAAGGAGAAUCCUCGCUACAAUGACGAAUUAAUUUAACUGUUUUCUAAUGAACCGGGUAUGAGAACAAGACAGAGUGAAUGACGAGAACACUUUUAUUUUUAUUCUGCUUAUUUUUAUUUUUUUGUCAACAUGUUUACAUAUGACCGACCUUGAUCACUGUGGAAUGUGUGAGCGAGGUGGUGAUACAGAUGAGAGUACUACUACGCUAUGUAAUAUAAUUUGUAUUUAAGCUUAUGUGGAAACACAGGACUCUUGUUCUUGCAGUUAAAACAAAAAAACAAAAAAAAACAGAAUAAUGAUUUUUUAAUUCUUCUGUCUUUUCGUCUCCGAUGUGGGAAUCAUUGUGUGUAGAAAUGUUAUCGUUGGUCACCUCUGCUCCCACAAAUGACUGUUAAGUAGUAGCUUAAAUUAAUAUUAAUAAAUUAUUUGUAAUUUACACAGGGACAAAAACAUGUAAUAGCGUGAGUGAGAGAGAGAAAGCAGUUGAUUUGAAUGUGUGUAUGUACAGAAAAAAACACAAUAUACUGUUUCCAGAUGAUCCUGUAUGAAUGGUAAAGACAUGUUUCCCCUUCUGACAAGAAUGAGCGAGUCGGACGCCCCUCUCUCGCUCAGUGUGUUUUUGGUGCUGUUUCAUCACACUGGACCUUUUCUGGAAAAAAGACUUGAAUUGAAAGAGUUUUGAAGCCGCCUGUGAGAGAGGGGGGAGGGAUUAGGGGGGCGGGAUACGUCACGAUUGUAGCCUACUUGAAUUGUUUUAGUUUUUGUGAGUUAAGAUUAUUUUAUUUACUUUUUCUGCUUAUUGACUCAAAUCAACUUAAUAUAACACAACGCCUUAGUUUGUAUCGAUAAAAUAAGAAUAUCUAUGCAGGACUGUAACACGCUCAAUGCAAUAGUGCAAGUCGUCGCUUGGCUUUCAACCUCAACUCAACUUGUCAGUGCAUUUCUGGAGUUGUGAAUGUUUGUAGAUGUUAUUAUUUCACUAAAGACUCCUUUGUGUGUUCAGACAGCAUGGGAAGCACAUUUUAGAAAGUCAAUUUAAGUGUGAUUCCAUUCCAGUUUAGAGGCAUUACGAUAACCUUGGUUGCUAAAGAGAAAUGUAAAUGUUGUACGUUUACAUAAAUAGUUUUGGGGCAGAUACAUUCGUCUACACAAAGUCUAGUUUUGCCAGGUUUACCACAUGACUGUAAUCCACAAGUAAACCAGAAUAGGUUGAGAACUGACAAGAAAAAUAGUCACUUUGGCGCUUGGCCGUCAAACCAAUUUUUUAGGAAAACAUUGUGAGAGGUCUUCAGGAAUAUGUUUCAAAUGGCCAAGUUGAAAUUGUUUUUCAUAUCAGCUGAUAUAUAAACUCCGCCUUCAGAUAUCAAGUAUUGCUGCAAAUGUGUCUUUCCUGGCUGUUGCAUCAAAAGAAAUCUCAAAUAUAAUCCAUUCAUUUUAUUUUAAAGGGUACGCUACAUAUUCACAACGCGAAAAGCUAAUUAAGCCUUUUAAGCCCUUGCAGCCACAACUUGGAAUAAUGUGUGAACACUCCCAACUCGAAUUACGGGUUAUUUAUGUAUUGUUUUUAUCUAAUGUAGCCCCUUAGCUUUUAUAAACCUACUAGAAAAAAAGAGACACGGGAUAAUUAAGAGUUUUUAAUGAGUUCGGAGGUUGAGCCUAGCGCCACACCCCACAGAAACUGUUGCUGUGUCCGUUACUAAAUGGCUAACGUUGUCCGUUUAGAAAAAACAGAAAUGCUAAAGCUAAAAUUCCCUUUCCUUUCUGUCUGAACACAGCUGUAGAGAUUCCUUCCCUCUGCUGAAUACCUCCGUUAACAAAACUGUUCUUCCUGAGUCUUUCACUGUCCUCCACUAGUUCCUCCUCCAUGUGGGUCUGACUGACCGGCGGCACCGGGAUGGCGCCAAAGAUUGUUCUGUAGCUCACUGUUUAGAUGGGGUGCUGCCGGUCAGUGUGUGUGUGUGUGUUUGAUUUUUCUGACAUUUUCCCCCAAAAUGUAAACCCACCAGUGUCAACGUGUGGUCCUUCAUGUCAUUGUGAAGUCAUGUGACUGGAGCAGUGGGUGACAUCUUAUAAAUUGUGCUUUCUUUGGGGGUCCGGAGGAUAAAAUGACAUUUUGUGGUUAACUGGUUAAUUAAUUUGGUCUUUUGUAGAUUAUUUUGUGUGUCAAUUAUUAAAUUAAACAAAACAGGUGGUUUUCAUGA